ACAGCAUACCUACAGUGGAGUUUAACUCGUUAAAUCAGCCAUGAUAAAGUCUCUGAGCGUCUCCUCAGAAAGCUCUCUCCCUCCCCUUGAAGAUGAUCUGGACUCGGUGUGUUCAGACGAGCUGCUUGGCUCUCACUCCCGCCGCUGGCUCAGUGAACUCAUGACCGGGGAUCUGCCUCCGGAGACCGGGGAGGUGAACACGAUGGGCCGGGACGGGCUGUUCGUGGAUUAUCACUUUCCUCUGGGGGAGCUGGAGAUGCAGUCUGGGGUCAUUUGGAAACGACCAAGGGAGCUCUGUUCAUCACCUCAGUUCAUAGUAAACGGAGCUACGCGCCUGGACGUCCGCCAGGGAGGACUCAAUGACUGCUGGUUACUUUCUGCCAUCGCCUCUCUCUGUGUUCAUCGCUCCCUCCUAAAGAAGGUCGUCUCUCUAGAUCAGAGCUUUCAGGACGGAUAUAACGGCUGCUUCACCUUCAGGUUCUGGCAGUACGGUCAGUGGGAGGAGGUCAGGAUAGACGACUUGUUGCCAACUAAGAACAACAAACUGAUCUAUCUCAGCUCCCCAGACAGAAACGAGUUCUGGAGCUCACUACUGGAGAAAGCUUAUGCCAAGCUGAAGGGGGGCUACAGAGCUCUGGACAUGGGCUUCCCUCAUGAAGCCAUGGUUGAUAUGACGGGCGGGGUGACUGAAGUUGUGCCCAUCGCCUCUCUGCCUGCAGACCUGCCCACUUUCCUCAGACACCUGCUGGCUAGGGGAGCGCUCAUCAACUGUGCAAACUGCGAGGGUCUUUUGGAGCAAAAGAAUGAACUUGGGAUCAUGUUCAGACAUGCUUACUCCCUGACUGCAGUUGAGAAGGUGGAGACGGCACACGGUGAGGUUUAUCUGGUGAGAAUCCUCAACCCCUGGGGCAACACAGAGUGGGAGGGGCCCUGGAGUGACCUUAAAGGCCCAGAAUGGAACACUGUGAGCAUGAAGGAGCAGCAAAGACUGGAAAGAGUCAGACGGGAGGAUGGAGAGUUCUGGAUGUCAGUGGCAGACUUCAGACAGUACUUUGCAACUAUGGAGGUGUGCCACCUACCUGACGCUCUGAGCGAACCAGGCUCCAAAGUGCGUCCGUGGUCCUGCAUAAUGUAUCAUGGGGACUGGGUGCCGCGCGUCACAGCAGGGGGGUCUCCAAUGGGGGAUAGGUUUUAUCAAAAUCCUCAGUUCUACUUCGACCUGUCAGAGGUGGACAGCAACCAAGACGACUCCAAGAAAACGUGCUCCUUCGUUCUGGCACUGAUGCAGAAACACCAGAGACGCAGAGGGAUUAACCUGUCUAUAGCUCUGCACAUCUACCCGGCUCAGAGAAAGAAUACAUACCUGUCACCUGAGGAUUUAAGCAGGCUCCACCCAGUCCUCUACACCCCCAUCUACUCCUCACGUCGGGAGGUCGUUCUCCGCAGCUCCCUCCCACCAGGUCAUUACAUCAUCAUCGCUUCAACCUCCGAGCCCGACCAACAGGGAUCGUUCCUCCUUCGUGUGCUGACCGAGAAGGGAAAUGAUGCAAUUCCAGCUCAGAAACCACCACCACCACAAGACGUCUCUUCAGCAUCAGAGCUGUCAUUUCCUCAUCAGGCUGCUCUUCCCUCUCCUAAAUCCACCAAACAGCUGUUUAAGAAGCACUGCAACAAGAAAGGAUAUUGUAAACCAUUGCACCUCUACAACCUGCUGACAGAGGCCCUACAGGGAGGAGUGUUGGCCGGCAGUGAGAAGUUCUUGGCUCUGGAGCACUGCAAGAGCUUGGUGGUCCUCAUGGAUAGUCAGGGCAUCGCUCAGCUGAGCUGGCCAGAGUUUCAGGGUCUGUGGGACAAGAUCAGGAAGUGGACAGAUAUCUUCCUCGUGUUUGACAAAAACAAAACUCUCCACCUUGAGUAUCCUGAGGUCGCCCCGGCUCUGAAGGCAGCGGGAAUCAUGGUGGAUGAUCUGGUGAUGCAGCUGGUUGGACUGAGAUACACAGAACCAGACAUGACGAUCAGCUACCCCGGCUUCCUCUACCUGCUGAUGAAACUGGAUAGCAUGAUCCAAAAAUUUCAAGCCUAUGACAUGGUAGGGAUGGGAACAGUGACCGUCAGCUACAGACAGUGGCUUCACAUGACCAUGUACAACUGACCUGACCUGGUCCCGUCAGACCGAUCCCUCAGGACUUUUCUUUGUUUGGUCUUACUGCUUUCUUAAUUUGAAUGCGUGAUUUUAAUGUGUAAAGUAGUUUAAAGUAGAUGUACAGUGGAGUUAAUGACAGAGACAUGUAGAAAACACAACAGGCUGAGAAGUAAGAUUUUUUAAACAUUUUUUCUUUCAUAUUUUUUUAUCACUCCAACAAUACAAACUACGAUGGCUUUAAAAACUCUUGAGUCAUGUAAAGUUCUAGGAAUAAAUAUUUUUUGAUUCACUCUAUUAGAUGAGUUUCAUUACAUAUGGGGGCCCAGAGGGGAAAAUUAUCAUAUUUAAUUUACUCAGUAUUCCUAUGAUAAAGAAUACACUUUGGAGAGAAAAUUUUAUUUCUGGAAAAUUUAUCCUACUGGGAUAAACAAGACAUCAGGGAAAACAACAUAAAUUAUGUAACUAUCAGGGAGAAAUGGAGUAGAUAAAAUGUACAGAUUUAUGUCUGCUUCUUCACAUUAAGAUUUACUAGUUUCUUUUUUUUAAGACAUGCUUUUACAUCAUAACAAGGUAAAACAUAAUUAGUACUGUAAAUAGUCAUGACACACCAAUGAUCUGCACAACAAAGAGAAAUAUUAAAACAUAGCAUUAGAACAAUUAUUUUAAAACCAGCAAGAUUUCUUGAUGAGUUCUUUUUUACUUCAUUAACCAUUUCUUUCACAUCUUCCAUGACACAUUUCUUUGACACUGUAUUAGUUGAUUUUCUUCUUUGCAACCAAUGAAAUUACAACA